AUGAAGAUGGCCGACCGUUGUGUUUUGUCUCUGUUGAUGUUAUGUUUGACUGUUAUAUGCCACACUGGAGAAGCUGCGGAAAAUGCGAAUGCAGUUGCCAUACCGGAAUACAUACUACCAUGCAGUCAAACGGAUCCUGGACUAGACACUUGUAUCAAGAACUCCUUCAAUCACCUUCGACCCUACCUGUCGAGGGGUAUCCCAGAACUGGGCGUACCUCCUGUGGAGCCACUCUUCAUCGACCGGCUGGUGAUGGAGAACGAUGCUGGUCCAGUCAGGGUCACUGCUGCAUUCAGCAACAUCACUGUUAUUGGGCCUAGUAAUUAUACCAUUACUAAGAUCAGGUCUGACUUGAAGAAACUGCGUAUCGACAUGGGUCUGGUCCUCCCUCGCAUCGAGAUCACUGGCAGAUACGAGGUGUCUGGACAGGUGCUGCUGUUCCCCGUCAGGUCGCAAGGAGACUUCUGGGCAUCAUUCGGUGAUGUAGUGGCGAUCGCAAAGAUCUUCGGCAAGGAGAUAACACGAGACAACGUGAAGUACAUGUUGGCUGACAGACUGCUAGUGGACUUCAAGUUGAGGACUUCCAGGUUCAAGGUGAAGGACACUGUCAACCACGGCAGUGUUAUUGGUGAAGCGAUGAAUCAGUUCUUAAACAACAAUGCGGCUGAGAUCAUCGAGGAGAUGAGGCCAGCUGCCUCAGCGUCCAUAGCUAAACAUUUCCAGGCGUUUGUCAACGCUGCCUUCUCUAAGAUCCCCAUCGAUGUGUGGCUCACACCUUAA